AUGAAGCUCAAUCCCUUUCUCUUGGGGCUCUUCGCCCUCGCCUCUGCAUCGCCCAAACUCCACGACUUCGACGCCCUAGGUGCCUGGUUCGACGGUGUCAACUCCAUCAACACCAGUCAUCAUGUCGCACCGCCUGGAGCCAAAAGCAAAACUAUCGCAAUCGUGGGCGGAGGCAUCACUGGACUCGCGACGGCGCUGAUGCUCGAUAGCGUGGGCGUGCACAAUUGGGAAAUCAUCGAGGCGAGCGAUCGCGUCGGCGGACGCUUCCGCACCAAAUUCAUGGGCGACACGCAGGAAUGGGCCGAGAUGGGUCCCAUGCGGCUGCCUGUGAGGGCGCAGUAUGCGGAUGGCGAGACGGUCGAGUAUUCGGACCAUGCGAUGGUGUUUCAGCUUGCUGCCUUGCUGAACGAUAUGAAUGGUAAUCAUUCGGACUGGAGGAUUGAUUUCAUUCCGUGGAUUCAACACCACCCGAACGAGCUUCUGGCUCUAGGGACGGGUCGUCACCCAGAUGGGCGUAUUCCAACUCGCGCAGAAAUUCAGCAAAAUUCCAGUCUGGGACAACCGGAUACGAUGUCAACGUCCGAGUUCAAGCAGACGAAGUCCCGUAUGGAUGCGAUCCUCUCGCGCAAGGAAAAGCUGAAGGCGAUGCAAAGGGAUGUUUGGCGCCAGCACAAACUCGCGAUGGACGAGGGCCUCGACGACUGGAGUGAGCAGUCCAUGAUGCGGAAUGCUUUUAAGGCCAGUGAAAAUGUCACCGAUGCUAUCUGGACGGACUCCGACUACGACGUCUUCUGGGACGAGCUGCACCACAACUCCAACCUCGAACUCGACGGGUCCCCAGGCUCCCUAGGCAAAACCCAAUGGACGUGCAUCGAUCGCGGUUUCAACCGUCUCUCCGAUGCAUUCCUGCCUCAUGUGCGCGACCGACUCACUCUCAACCGGAAGAUUCGCAAGCUCGAGUCCAUCACCUCCCCUACGACCAACCAAACCAUGACCCGGCUAUCCUGGUUCCCAUCCACCACCAACCGCACCGCGCAGUCCCUCGAGUACGACUACACCAUCAUGGCCGUGCCCUUCACCAUGACGCGCUUCAUGGACCUGCCAUCAUUCUCAUCCGUCCUCUCGCGCGCCAUCAGCGAAGCCGGCCUCCGCUUCAAAUCCGCCUGCAAAGUGGCACUCCUCUUUUCGGAGCGCUUCUGGGAGCGCGGUCCACGCCCUAUAUUCGGCGGCAAAUCCACACCCCCCAGCUCAGCCGUCGGUGCCCUCUACUACCCCAUCUACGGACUCAACGAGUCCCGCCCGGGUCUCAUCAUGCAUUACCGCGGUGGUGACUGGAGCGAUCGCCUCGUUAGCUUCUCCGAGGAAGAGUACGUGCAGACGGUUCUGGACGCCGUCGUCGAUCUGCACGGUGAGCAGGCAAGAGAGCUGUAUACUGGUGUUCAUGAGAAACUGUGCUGGUUGGAAGACGAACAUACAGCAACGAGCUGGUGUCGUCCGGACGUCGAGCAGCAUAAAUUGUAUAUCCCGGCGUAUCAUCGCAUGGAGCAUAAUACGGUCUUUGUGGGUGAGCAUACCGCCCCGACGCAUGCGUGGGUUAGUAGCUCGCUGCAUUCGGCUGUGCGAGGGUGUGUGCAGGUCUUGUUGGAGAUGGGGUUGGUGGAGGAGGCGAAGGUUUUGAAUAAGAGGUGGAUGGGGAGGUGGAUUCAUACUUAG